CCCAGGACCACCCAGUCUCCCAUUUUUGGUCCAACCAGGGUCCGGUGGAGACGGGCGCAGUGUUGCAUGACGUUACCAGUGAAUGUUGUCUCGGUGAUGAACCAAUCCAGUCGGGGCUGAACGGAGCUCCACUCGACCUUGGAGACCUUUCUGGAUCUCGGCGUCGAGGCACAGUGUCAAUGGUCACUCACUUUCUUGUUACUCCAAAGUCAAUCUGGCUGACGUAUUUAGUUCCAGCUUGAUGUCUUUCCUUAUACCGGCCUAUUCCAGAUUCUUGCCGCAGGUGCAAAUAGCCUUCGGUCGGCAAGACGCUUGCAUGAUCGCCGUGGCUUAGGGAGCAGCCUAGCGACAACGCCACUGACGAUCCCUUACGAAGCUUUGGGCUUCAGCGAUUUGGUGGAUCCCCACGCCCGUACUCGUACGGGUAACUACUCCUGCGGAUCGGAGGGAUCAGAGGGAUCAGAUCGACCUGGGCCCCCCAUCUCUGCAAGAAAAGUUGAAAACUUUCGAGACUGGAACAACAAGUCCUGGUAAAAAUAUCUCCCGCCCAAACUCGUUCCUGUGGCUUUUCUUUUCACGACGGUCGUGGCCGUCCAUAUCAUUCAUGGACUCUCCGUCUCUCUCUCUCCAUUCCCUCCUUCCAUCUUGUGCGUCCUCCCCUCGUCGCACCGUCCUUUUCAGUCGACUCAAUAUGGCCGACGGGACGGUUGCUCCCGUCAAUGGCAAACGACGCCUUCCUCUCUUCCGUCGCGCCUCACCAGACCGGACCGUGGCUCGUCCGCGCCAAUCGACCGUUCAUUGGCAUCGUGCUCUGCGAUCCCUACUAUACCUAAUCGCCUGGGUGUUCCUCCUGCUGGUGGUCAUUGGUAACAUUGCCAACAAACCAGUCCUUCGCAGUACAUACUUCCUCUAUCUCGACCUAUCCAACAUUAUCCCGGUAUCCGUGCCCAAUGCCAUCCUGAUCAAUUCCAUUGCCCGGUCAAUUGGCUUGCAUGACUUCUACCAGGUUGGCCUGUGGGGAUUCUGCGAGGGCUAUAAUGAUGAGGGGAUUACUUCAUGUUCGAAACCGAAGGCGCUGUAUGCUUUCAAUCCGGUCGAUAUUAUUUUGAAUGAGCUGUUGGCCGGUGCAAGUAUUGCCCUGCCCAGCAACAUUCAGGAGCCCCUUCACCUGGCCAAGGUCGCAUCCCAUUGGAUGUUCGGCCUCUUCAUUGCCGCAGCAGUCUUGAACUUCAUCAUGAUCUUCUUCAGUCCCUUCGCCGUCUCCUCGCGACCACCGCAAUCCAUCAAAUCGUGGGUAUCUGGCGGCCAGGUGUCGCCCUCGGGCAAAGCACCCCACCGACGCCGCACCUUCGUGCUAUUCCGCUCUUUCCCCUUCCUUAUCCUGGCCUUCUUCACCGCACUGGUGACUAUCGUUGCCUCGGCCGUCGCAACGGUAAUGUUCAUCAUCUUCGCCAACGUCUUCUCCAACGCCGAUCCCAGCCUAAACAUCAAGGCGCACGUUGGCAAGCAAAUGCUCGUGUUUAUGUGGAUUGCGUCGGGAUUCAGCUUGGUCGCAUUUAUUGUCCAGUUUGGGUCCUGCUGUGCGUCAUGUCGUGGCGGCCAUAAGGCCCGCAAGCAGCUCAGGGCACAGGGGGUUGACUUGCGUGAGAAGAGCUCCGCACAGCCUAGUUCCUCUGAUACUCCGGUGGAUCCCCAGGCGCCCCACGCCAUUAGCAGAGAUUAAUUGUUGAUCUUUGUCCAUAUUGAUCAUGGUGGACUCGACGUAAUGUCCCUGUCGAGUCUGCCAUUUACUAUUGGUUAUUUGUCACAUGUCGGUGGAUCUAGUCUCAUUUCGGUUGGAUGUGCCUGGUUCCCCUUUCUUUUUUCCGUUUUGAUACAAGAGCUUUGCAGCGUGCUGGCCCUUUUU